UGAGUCAGCAUCACCGCCGCUCCUCCCAGUAGGAAGGGCGCAUCCCGGAGAGCUAGCGGGCUAGCUGGACUCGGUGUAACGAUGGCAGUGAACCUCAGUAAAAACGGCCCUGCAUUGACAGCGGCGUAUAAAGAAGUGGUGGAUGAAAAAUCCGACACGAACUGGGCCUUGUUCACCUACGAGGGAAACAGUAAUGAUAUCCGUCUGGCAGAGAAAGGAGAUGGAGGACUGGAGGAGCUGGUUGAGGAACUCAACAGUGGAAAAGUGAUGUACGCUUUCUGCCGGGUCCAGGAUCCAAACUCCGGCCUGCCCAAAUACGUCCUCAUCAACUGGACUGGAGAAGGUGUGAAGGAUGCCAGGAAGGGAUUAUGUGCAAAUCAUGUCAGCUCCAUUGCCAAUUUUCUGAAGGGGGCCCACGUCACGAUCAACGCCAGAGCAGAAGAGGAUGUGGAGCCGGAGGCCAUCAUGCAGAAGGUGGCUAAAGCCUCCGGAGCAAACUACAGCUUCCACAAAGAAGCUUCCAGCCGCUUCCAGGACAGCGGUCCUCAGGGUCCCGUGGGCUCAGUGUACCAAAAAACCAACGCCAUGUCGGAAAUCAGAAAAACCAAUAAAGACAACUUCUGGGCGCAGGCAGAGAAAGAAGAGGAGAAGCGUCGGCAGGAGGAACGGCGCAAGGCGGACGAGGAGCGGCAGAAGCUGGAGAAGGAGAGGAAAGACCGAGAGGCCAAGGAGACCGUGCAGAGGGACAAAAGGGACAAGGAGAGGGCCUCUCAGAUCGACCAGCAGAAGAAAUACCAGCAGCAGCAGGAAGCCGUGAGUAAAGAGCAGGAGAAGCAGCGCUGGGAGGAGCAGGAGCAGGAGGAGAGCCAGGAAGCCCAGAGGAAAGCAGUCAGGAGAGGUGAAUCUGUGGAGAAGGCCAACGAGGCGGCGUCGGUCAUCUCUCAGCGUGCCGUGAAUCCCAGAGAGAUGUUUAAGCAGCGGGAGCGGGGAAUCACCCCCAGCGACUCGGACGCGCCGCCCGCCGCCGCUCCGGCCAGCCCUCAGCCAGGGCGCCUUCAAAGCCCUUUUCUGUCUAAGCAAGCGUCUGAAUCUGAGCGACCCAGCUCACCUCAGCGCCAAGCUUCUCCUCUGCCAGCCAGCUCCGCCUCUCCUGUCCGUGCCGCAGAGCCCAGUGUGGAUGAUGGACAGUCCAGGUGUGAGUAUGAGGAGCAGGAGGAGGAGGAGGAGGAGGCGGCGGCGCCACAGGAGCAGCUGAAAGAGGAGGCGCCGGCUGCCAACUCGUGGGUUCAGGAACCAGCGUUUGAAGAAACCCCUCAGGUGGAGGAGAGUAACUCCUAUGAGGUGACGCCCGAGGAGUCUACAGACAGAGGGACCUGUGCCAGAGCCUUGUAUGACUACCAGGCUGCCGACGACACGGAGAUCUCCUUCGACCCCGACGAAAUCAUCACCGGGAUCGAGAUGAUCGACGAGGGCUGGUGGCGGGGAUACGGCCCGGACGGUCAUUUCGGAAUGUUCCCGGCCAACUACGUAGAGCUCAUUUAGCCCCUCCCCCCUGCCGCCGCCCACUGAUGCCCCCCGCCUCCCCCCCCUCAGAUCCUCACAGUGGCAGACCUGAAGGACCUCUGCGGUACAACACCACACACAGCAGUCGGUCCUCACACACUCGCAGGGCGAUCAGGCUGAAUUUGGGGCGAGUUCGCCUCCACGUUUUGGACCAAUGAACAGUAAUCGUGGGCCUGGCGCUUUUCAGACCUCUUACCAUUUCAAGAAAGAAAUUCCAUUUUAGUGUUGAUGUUGUGAGCAGCUGACGGCUUAGCUUAGGGAUCGGUGGCGAUCCACACGCUGACCAAAUCUCUCCCCCCCCCCCCCCCCCCCCCCCCCCCGACUGUCCCAGAAAUGAGUCUCUUUACCUGUAAAUGUGAUGCAGUGCAGUGUCAGCCUCUGUUGAGUCUUUUAUUCCAUUGUGAGCAUUGGUCACACUUCUCGUCCACAUUCCUUACAAAGUGGCUUCAUUUCUCUUUCAGGUAUGAUUUAGUUGUCACUUGUAGCACUUGCUCCUGUUCAUUUCAGGAAAAUGACGGUGGUACCAGCUGCAGCCUGAACCUUUGCCUUGUUUUUGCCUUUCUAUACCGGCAUACUGAGUUUUUUUUUUUCUUUAUGGUGUGAUUGAACCUACAUCCUGUGUGAAUUUCCAGCCUGUACUGAUAUGACUGUGGUUGAAGUGAAUAUUUAAAGUACAGAGAAACAGAUGUUUGCCGUGUUCUGGGUGGUUGACUUGAGUAUGCGAAUGCAUGAAACGGUUAAGUUCCUUAAAACUGUGAGUAAAUAACAGUUUCCAUUUCAAGACCUUCCUCAUUUGAACCGCAUAAUUUCAGCAUUUCAGCGCGCUGACUUUUCAGGGACGAGCUGACGAGAGGGAAGCUUAAGUAAGCAUUAUUUUUCUGCUUUGUUUGGAUCUCGCCGGACUGAAGUUUGAGUGCGUGACCGAUCAGUAAUAUGUGAGAUCGCGGUGCCAUAAAGAGUGGGUUACAAUGCGAUCGGUGGCAUUUUUAAAUUCAACAUUUCAGCAGCUCGAUGGCAAAAUUUAUGCAAGUCCAUUUUGCUUUUAUCAUGGAAUAAAAAAUAUCGGCUCCUCAAGGUCAGUCGACUGAAAAGGAGACGCAAAGCAGCUGAUUGUGAAGAGAAAUGGGCAUCAUGUUUCCAUUCUGCUUUUGUUUUUCCAGAGUCUAUUGUAAUGCACAGACAUUCUUCAUAAUAAAAUGAACAAAAGAA